CCGCUCUAGGGAAACGCCAGCUCCCCCAGCGUUUUCCGGCGGGAGAUGUGCUUCUCCUUAUCAUGGGGACAAUUCAUCUCUUUCGAAAACCACAAAGAUCUUUUUUUGGCAAGUUAUUACAGGAAUUUAGACUUGUUGCAGCUGACCGAAGGUCCUGGAAGAUACUGCUCUUUGGUGCAAUAAACUUAACAUGUACUGGCCUCCUGCUUAUGUGGUGCAGUUCCACUAACAGUAUAGCUUUAACUGCCUAUACUUACCUGACCAUUUUUGAUCUAUUUAGUUUAAUGACGUGUUUAAUAAGUUACUGGGUAAUGAUGAGGAAACCUAGCCCUGUCUAUUCAUUUGGAUUCGAAAGAUUAGAAGUCCUGGCUGUAUUUGCCUCCACAGUGUUGGCACAGUUGGGAGCUCUCUUUAUAUUAAAAGCAAGUGCAGAACGCUUUUUGGAGCAGCCCGAGAUACACACGGGAAGAUUAUUAGUCGGUACUUUUGUGGCUCUUUCUUUCAACCUGUUCACAAUGCUUUCUAUUCGGAAUAAACCUUUUGCUUAUGUCUCUGAAGCUGCUAGUACGAGUUGGCUUCAAGAACAUGUAGCAGAUCUUAGUCGAAGUGUGUGUGGAAUUAUUCCAGGACUGAGCAGUAUCUUCCUUCCCCGAAUGAAUCCAUUUGUCCUGAUUGAUCUUGCUGGAGCAUUUGCUCUCUGUAUUACAUAUAUGCUAAUUGAAAUUAAUAAUUAUUUUGCUGUAGACACUGCCUCUGCCAUAGCAAUUGCCCUGAUGACGUUUGGCACCAUGUAUCCCAUGAGCGUGUACAGUGGAAAAGUAUUACUUCAGACAACACCACCCCAUGUUAUAGGUCAGUUGGACAAACUUAUCAGAGAGGUAUCUACCUUGGAUGGGGUUUUGGAAGUCCGAAACGAGCACUUUUGGACCCUAGGUUUUGGCUCAUUGGCUGGAUCAGUGCAUGUAAGAAUUCGACGAGAUGCAAACGAACAAAUGGUUCUUGCUCAUGUGACCAACAGGCUGUACACUCUAGUGUCUACUCUGACUGUUCAGAUUUUCAAGGAUGACUGGAUAAGGCCUGCCUUACUGUCUGGGCCUGUUGCAACUAAUGUCCUAAAUUUUUCAGAUCAUCACAUAAUCCCAAUGCCUCCUUUAAAGGGCACUGAUGAGUCGAAUCCUGUCACAUCGACUCCAACUAAACCUAGUAGUCCACCUCCAGAAUUUUCAUUUAACACCCCUGGAAAAAAUGUGAACCCUGUUAUUCUUCUAAACACACAAACAAGACCUUAUGGUUUGGGUCUUAAUCAUGGACACAUACCUUAUAGCAGCAUGCUUAAUCAAGGACUUGCAGUUCCAGGGAUUGGAGCAACCCAAGGAUUCAGGACUGGUGUUACAAACAUACCCAAUAGAUAUGGAACUAACAAUAGAAUUGGACAGCCAAGACCAUGACGUGCUAUAAUUUAAUUUAUUGUAUGAGGACUGUUGCCUUCUUGACUUCCAGUUUAUUUAGAAUCCAACUUUGCAUUGACUGUUAAAUCAUUUAUUGUAAAUGUUAGAGAAUAGUAGUCUAGUUCACAUUAUAUGAAACCAGUGAAAUUAUAUUUUUGUAAAUGUAUUUAGGAUGCUGAAAACCUUUAAAUGUUGUAGGCUUUAAAUAGGCUUUAGAGCAUAUUUCUAUGAAUUUUGCUAUCUUUGGUUUUGUAAUUGACUGCAGUGUGAUAUGAGAUUGCCUUUGCAAGAGAGCCGCCACUUGAGUAAAUCUACCGCAUUAUUAAAUAUACAGUAUUUUCAGUGAAAUGAAUAAACCUGCUUCUUGAAUAAUGAUACACAUUUUAGGAAAGGAAAAACGUGUCCAUCCUAAAAGUAAAAGUCUCUUUUACAGCUUUUCCAAACUUAACCGCUACCCUUUUAUUUGAGGUCCUCCUGAAUUAUGUCUUACAAAGUAAAAGCAAAAAAUCUCAUCAGAAAAUUUGGAACAUACUCUACUACCUGGUUUUGGUCAUUUAAAUAUUUCAGCACAUUUGUGAAUAGUCCGUGGUUCUUAAAGUGUUUUUAUUCUGGUUAAUGAGUAACAAAUUCUUUGGUGAUGUGAGUAAAGGGAUACCAGUUUUUCUGUCAUACAUAUCAGGUACUGACAUAAUGAUAGAAUUUAUCUUUUUUGUCAUUUUUUCAUUGGUUGACUUUUUAACUUCUCAUUUUAUUAACAAAACAUAUCAAAUAUGUUCCCGAAAUAUGUGGAAUUCUAUACAUAAUACGGGAUUUGAUAUCUUUUCAAAGUUGCGUAAUCAAUUUUAGUUUAUAUUACACAAUUUUACCAAAAUAUAAUGGACUUUAGAUUGUAGAAUACAGUAUUUUCAGAUCUGCUACAGGCAGUUUCUAAACUUACUUGAUUGCACUUUGUCAAACAUAGUGAAUUGUUAACUGUGAUGAGUGUGAGAAUUACAUAAAUUAUUUUAUUUUUUGCUUAUUUUCCAAGUGCAAAUGUUAAAUACUUUCCAGCAUGGCCAGCAUUACUUAUUAAAAAUAUAACAAGCAGCAGUCACAUAUUUACCUAUGAUUGUUUUCAUUAUAUCAUGAGUUUUAUGAUUAGGGUUUUAAAAAGUGAUUUUAAGAGUGAAUUCAAGUUUUCUGGAAUCCAGUGGCUCCUGGAGAUUGUGACAUUUCCAGACAUCAGCUAGUUAUCUAGAGAAGAUUUUUGUUUUUUUAGAAUUUGCAACAGUUUCUUCAAUUACCUCAUCUACUUUUAAAUUUGAACAAUGCUUCCAAAUCCUUUUCUUCACUGUGAAAUAACAAACACCUAAGAAGCCAUCUCCAUCAAGUAGAACUGCAGUUACCCUGUGGUAGUAAAUGACCGUGUCUCAAGUAACAUUUGCUUGGUGAGGAGUUGGUCAUUGUCUUGACCCCUGAGACCCUGUGCAGGCACUCGACCUACUGAAGAAAUAGAGGGCACCCUACCUUGACUGCUGGGGAAAAUGAAACUUUGUAAAAUGUGAUAAGGCAAACUGUUUCUUGUCCUUUGUCUUAUGUUCUCCAACUAUUGCUAUACCUAUUAUUGAUCUACUAUUACAGGGUGAUUUUCCCUCCAUUGACCUCAUCUAAAUGUGCAUUCGGGUCAUGCAUGAAAUCUGAAGGACUGUCAUGUACUGAGUGAUGAUUAAGAGGUAUGUGCUGCCACUCUAUGCACAUCAUCUUAUCCCCAUGGGAUUUUUCAAGUGUCCAGGUGCUGAACACAGCUCUGUAUGAGGUUAAAUGCCUACUUCCUCAACAGCCAUUCAGAAGCAACACCUGUGCGGUCAACCCACCAAAGGUGCUUUCGUGCCAUGUACGCUAUUGGAGAAGUUGCCUGUGGGUUCUGAAGGAAUUGGCUCUAUUUGCUGCAAUUCAGUAAUGCCAGCUGCUGCAGGUGACUUUGGUCCAUCAUUUGCUAGACUCUGGCCAGCUUCUGGAUACGAAAACAGGAAGCUUGGCCCGUAUAGGCCUUUCGGCAGUAGCCUUCUUAGCAAAUCUUGCUACAGAGUUACCUGAAGAUAGGUUUUUUAAGAAGGAAGUUCAAAUUAAAUACUUGGCCCAUGGUUUGUGAUUAAGAGUAAGCUUUAUGGAGUAUGAUUUGCGCUGUUUGAGAAAUCACUAUUUGCAACGGAGAGAAACACUAGACUGGAAGACAAGAAUUGGAUUCUAACCCUGAUACUGCCUCCCUGUAAGUUGUUUUGUAACCAGGGGCAAGUCACUUUCUCUAAAGUUAGGAUGGAGGAUGAAUUAGUUGAUCUCUGACUAUCAGCUCUAAAAUUGUAUGACUGAAUCUGUAGAAUAUAUGCCCACUUGCUCAACAGAAUAUUGUGCCCAGCAUUUCUUCCCAGUGACCACCUCAACAUAGAGGCCAAGUGUCACCUACACCAACACCCAAGCCAUUAAUUUGAGGUGCCAUGAAAAUAGAAGGUGAACUGCAGGCUAACACCAUUUAGAAUUUUGUUUCUUUCAGACUUGCCUCAAAUAAAUCUUUAAAUCUGUUUAAACAGAUUUUUCUUAGACUUAUUUCUUUGUGGGAAAGGAUUAUUUUUAUGGGCUGUGAGAGACAAGAUUAGGACAAGAUACCCUUGGCUUCCAUAGGGUAUGGAAGAAUGAGGUACAUUUUUAUUUCUUCCUUAAUCUCUGAAGUCACAGUGGAAAUGACAUAACAUGUAUCAGCAACUGGGGAGGACCUGAAUUUCAAGCCUCUGAUUCAGCUGCCCGUAAACUGCCAAUUUUUAUGCUUGACUAAAUGAUGCCAGUCUUUCCUGGGAGUCUGAUCUGCUUCUUAUAUGAGAAAAUGCUUUUCACAUUCCAAACUUUGAAUUAA